UGUCGAACAGAAAGAGAAUUCCCUCCUAUUAUAAUGGGCCCUGACUUCAAGUGCAAAAAUUUUGUGUACACCGGCCAGUACUUUCAUCUACAUGGAGGCAUCAAUUUUGACCUGGAAUCAGAUCCGCCGAGUGAGCCCUCACCAGAACUGACGGCUCAGUACCGACAGCUUGUGGAUCUUGCUAGGAAACAGCUGCAGGCUCAUGUGGACCACGCCGACCACAACAUUAAGGAGCAUUACAGUAUUCCAGUGUAUACAGUUGCAGGGAAAAUGUAUUAUGCUAUAGGCAUUGAGUUUGAAGCUCUGCACCUGACAUCUUCACCUAAGCCUUUGUGGGUGAAAGCUUUCUGUGAGGAAAUAGAAAAGCUGAAGCCGAAGAGGCUUCCGAUGACAGAUGUCCACAUACUGGACCAGUUCAAAAAGUUCUUUGGUUUUAAGAAAGCUAUCAAAUACAAGACACCUGUAGUUGGAAUCAAGGUCUGUGCCCAGCGAGGCUGUUUAGCCAUGCUGGCAUCACUGGCUCGCAAGGUGUCAGGCACCAGAGUCUAUAGACACGAUGAGCAAGGCCUCUCCCUGCUGCAUCAUGCUGCCAUCCAUAAUCGAGCACACAUCAUCGUCCGGAUUCUCCUGAAUCCUAUAGAUAUCAACAUCCGCAGGAACAAUAUUCUAGCUUCUGGACCCACAGCCAUGCAUAUGGCUGCACGAUGUGGAUCGUUGGAUGCUGUCUGCUGUCUCUGGAUGGGGUCUGCUAACUACCUUCUUGCUGACCACGACGGCUGGGCACCCAUUCACUACGCAGCCUACUACGACCAGCCAUGUGUUGUCAGAUACAUGGUCAGAAAGAGCGCAGAACUCUUGGAGCUGGAAACAAAGAAUGAACUCAUGUCGACCCCCAUCUUGCUGGCAGCCAGCGCCGGGGCCCUGUCGGUUGUCAAGUGUCUGGUGGAGCUGUCAGCAGACGUGGAAGCCAGGGACACAGAGAACAACAAUCUAGUGAUCCUAGCUGCUCUGAGGUUCCACACCAAUGUUCUACAGUACUUGAUUGAGAAAGAUCUUCCCAAUGUCAGGGUGUGGGAGAUGUUGGUUGAGAUGCUGUUAGAUGAGAGAGUAGAGAAGAAAGACAGCGCUGUCAAGUGUCUAGAAGUGCUGUCAACCAGCCAGCCACUUUAUUGGGCCCAGAUUAGAAAUGCUG